AUGCACCGCCAUUCCUCCUGCCUCACCAUUCUUGGCGGCAUGCGCCUCAGCGCAGCAGCUUCCGCCUCAUCAUCUCUUGGACCAAGGCGCGCUCUCGUGGACCAAGGCGCGCUCUCGUGGACCAAGGCGCGCUCUCGUGGACCAAGGCGCGCUCUCGUGGACCAAGGCGCGCUCUCGUGGACCAAGGCGCGCUCUCGUGGACCAAGGCGCGCUCUCGUGGACCAAGGCGCGCUCUCGUGGACCAAGGCGCGCUCUCGUGGACCAAGGCGCGCUCUCGUGGACCAAGGCGCGCUCUCGUGGACCAAGGCGCGCUCUCGUGGACCAAGGCGCGCUCUCGUGGACCAAGGCGCGCUCUCGUGGACCAAGGCGCGCUCUCGUGGACCAAGGCGCGCUCUCGUGGACCAAGGCGCGCUCUCGUGGACCAAGGCGCGCUCUCGUGGACCAAGGCGCGCUCUCGUGGACCAAGGCGCGCUCUCGUGGACCAAGGCGCGCUCUCGUGGACCAAGGCGCGCUCUCGUGGACCAAGGCGCGCUCUCGUGGACCAAGGCGCGCUCUCGUGGACCAAGGCGCGCUCUCGUGGACCAAGGCGCGCUCUCGUGGACCAAGGCGCGCUCUCGUGGACCAAGGCGCGCUCUCGUGGACCAAGGCGCGCUCUCGUGGACCAAGGCGCGCUCUCGUGGACCAAGGCGCGCUCUCGUGGACCAAGGCGCGCUCUCGUGGACCAAGGCGCGCUCUCGUGGACCAAGGCGCGCUCUCGUGGACCAAGGCGCGCUCUCGUGGACCAAGGCGCGCUCUCGUGGACCAAGGCGCGCUCUCGUGGACCAAGGCGCGCUCUCGUGGACCAAGGCGCGCUCUCGUGGACCAAGGCGCGCUCUCGUGGACCAAGGCGCGCUCUCGUGGACCAAGGCGCGCUCUCGUGGACCAAGGCGCGCUCUCGUGGACCAAGGCGCGCUCUCGUGGACCAAGGCGCGCUCUCGUGGACCAAGGCGCGCUCUCGUGGACCAAGGCGCGCUCUCGUGGACCAAGGCGCGCUCUCGUGGACCAAGGCGCGCUCUCGUGGACCAAGGCGCGCUCUCGUGGACCAAGGCGCGCUCUCGUGGACCAAGGCGCGCUCUCGUGGACCAAGGCGCGCUCUCGUGGACCAAGGCGCGCUCUCGUGGACCAAGGCGCGCUCUCGUGGACCAAGGCGCGCUCUCGUGGACCAAGGCGCGCUCUCGUGGACCAAGGCGCGCUCUCGUGGACCAAGGCGCGCUCUCGUGGACCAAGGCGCGCUCUCGUGGACCAAGGCGCGCUCUCGUGGACCAAGGCGCGCUCUCGUGGACCAAGGCGCGCUCUCGUGGACCAAGGCGCGCUCUCGUGGACCAAGGCGCGCUCUCGUGGACCAAGGCGCGCUCUCGUGGACCAAGGCGCGCUCUCGUGGACCAAGGCGCGCUCUCGUGGACCAAGGCGCGCUCUCGUGGACCAAGGCGCGCUCUCGUGGACCAAGGCGCGCUCUCGUGGACCAAGGCGCGCUCUCGUGGACCAAGGCGCGCUCUCGUGGACCAAGGCGCGCUCUCGUGGACCAAGGCGCGCUCUCGUGGACCAAGGCGCGCUCUCGUGGACCAAGGCGCGCUCUCGUGGACCAAGGCGCGCUCUCGUGGACCAAGGCGCGCUCUCGUGGACCAAGGCGCGCUCUCGUGGACCAAGGCGCGCUCUCGUGGACCAAGGCGCGCUCUCGUGGACCAAGGCGCGCUCUCGUGGACCAAGGCGCGCUCUCGUGGACCAAGGCGCGCUCUCGUGGACCAAGGCGCGCUCUCGUGGACCAAGGCGCGCUCUCGUGGACCAAGGCGCGCUCUCGUGGACCAAGGCGCGCUCUCGUGGACCAAGGCGCGCUCUCGUGGACCAAGGCGCGCUCUCGUGGACCAAGGCGCGCUCUCGUGGACCAAGGCGCGCUCUCGUGGACCAAGGCGCGCUCUCGUGGACCAAGGCGCGCUCUCGUGGACCAAGGCGCGCUCUCGUGGACCAAGGCGCGCUCUCGUGGACCAAGGCGCGCUCUCGUGGACCAAGGCGCGCUCUCGUGGACCAAGGCGCGCUCUCGUGGACCAAGGCGCGCUCUCGUGGACCAAGGCGCGCUCUCGUGGACCAAGGCGCGCUCUCGUGGACCAAGGCGCGCUCUCGUGGACCAAGGCGCGCUCUCGUGGACCAAGGCGCGCUCUCGUGGACCAAGGCGCGCUCUCGUGGACCAAGGCGCGCUCUCGUGGACCAAGGCGCGCUCUCGUGGACCAAGGCGCGCUCUCGUGGACCAAGGCGCGCUCUCGUGGACCAAGGCGCGCUCUCGUGGACCAAGGCGCGCUCUCGUGGACCAAGGCGCGCUCUCGUGGACCAAGGCGCGCUCUCGUGGACCAAGGCGCGCUCUCGUGGACCAAGGCGCGCUCUCGUGGACCAAGGCGCGCUCUCGUGGACCAAGGCGCGCUCUCGUGGACCAAGGCGCGCUCUCGUGGACCAAGGCGCGCUCUCGUGGACCAAGGCGCGCUCUCGUGGACCAAGGCGCGCUCUCGUGGACCAAGGCGCGCUCUCGUGGACCAAGGCGCGCUCUCGUGGACCAAGGCGCGCUCUCGUGGACCAAGGCGCGCUCUCGUGGACCAAGGCGCGCUCUCGUGGACCAAGGCGCGCUCUCGUGGACCAAGGCGCGCUCUCGUGGACCAAGGCGCGCUCUCGUGGACCAAGGCGCGCUCUCGUGGACCAAGGCGCGCUCUCGUGGACCAAGGCGCGCUCUCGUGGACCAAGGCGCGCUCUCGUGGACCAAGGCGCGCUCUCGUGGACCAAGGCGCGCUCUCGUGGACCAAGGCGCGCUCUCGUGGACCAAGGCGCGCUCUCGUGGACCAAGGCGCGCUCUCGUGGACCAAGGCGCGCUCUCGUGGACCAAGGCGCGCUCUCGUGGACCAAGGCGCGCUCUCGUGGACCAAGGCGCGCUCUCGUGGACCAAGGCGCGCUCUCGUGGACCAAGGCGCGCUCUCGUGGACCAAGGCGCGCUCUCGUGGACCAAGGCGCGCUCUCGUGGACCAAGGCGCGCUCUCGUGGACCAAGGCGCGCUCUCGUGGACCAAGGCGCGCUCUCGUGGACCAAGGCGCGCUCUCGUGGACCAAGGCGCGCUCUCGUGGACCAAGGCGCGCUCUCGUGGACCAAGGCGCGCUCUCGUGGACCAAGGCGCGCUCUCGUGGACCAAGGCGCGCUCUCGUGGACCAAGGCGCGCUCUCGUGGACCAAGGCGCGCUCUCGUGGACCAAGGCGCGCUCUCGUGGACCAAGGCGCGCUCUCGUGGACCAAGGCGCGCUCUCGUGGACCAAGGCGCGCUCUCGUGGACCAAGGCGCGCUCUCGUGGACCAAGGCGCGCUCUCGUGGACCAAGGCGCGCUCUCGUGGACCAAGGCGCGCUCUCGUGGACCAAGGCGCGCUCUCGUGGACCAAGGCGCGCUCUCGUGGACCAAGGCGCGCUCUCGUGGACCAAGGCGCGCUCUCGUGGACCAAGGCGCGCUCUCGUGGACCAAGGCGCGCUCUCGUGGACCAAGGCGCGCUCUCGUGGACCAAGGCGCGCUCUCGUGGACCAAGGCGCGCUCUCGUGGACCAAGGCGCGCUCUCGUGGACCAAGGCGCGCUCUCGUGGACCAAGGCGCGCUCUCGUGGACCAAGGCGCGCUCUCGUGGACCAAGGCGCGCUCUCGUGGACCAAGGCGCGCUCUCGUGGACCAAGGCGCGCUCUCGUGGACCAAGGCGCGCUCUCGUGGACCAAGGCGCGCUCUCGUGGACCAAGGCGCGCUCUCGUGGACCAAGGCGCGCUCUCGUGGACCAAGGCGCGCUCUCGUGGACCAAGGCGCGCUCUCGUGGACCAAGGCGCGCUCUCGUGGACCAAGGCGCGCUCGUGGACCAAGGCGCGCUCUCGUGGACCAAGGCGCGCUCUCGUGGACCAAGGCGCGCUCUCGUGGACCAAGGCGCGCUCUCGUGGACCAAGGCGCGCUCUCGUGGACCAAGGCGCGCUCUCGUGGACCAAGGCGCGCUCUCGUGGACCAAGGCGCGCUCUCGUGGACCAAGGCGCGCUCUCGUGGACCAAGGCGCGCUCUCGUGGACCAAGGCGCGCUCUCGUGGACCAAGGCGCGCUCUCGUGGACCAAGGCGCGCUCUCGUGGACCAAGGCGCGCUCUCGUGGACCAAGGCGCGCUCUCGUGGACCAAGGCGCGCUCUCGUGGACCAAGGCGCGCUCUCGUGGACCAAGGCGCGCUCUCGUGGACCAAGGCGCGCUCUCGUGGACCAAGGCGCGCUCUCGUGGACCAAGGCGCGCUCUCGUGGACCAAGGCGCGCUCUCGUGGACCAAGGCGCGCUCUCGUGGACCAAGGCGCGCUCUCGUGGACCAAGGCGCGCUCUCGUGGACCAAGGCGCGCUCUCGUGGACCAAGGCGCGCUCUCGUGGACCAAGGCGCGCUCUCGUGGACCAAGGCGCGCUCUCGUGGACCAAGGCGCGCUCUCGUGGACCAAGGCGCGCUCUCGUGGACCAAGGCGCGCUCUCGUGGACCAAGGCGCGCUCUCGUGGACCAAGGCGCGCUCUCGUGGACCAAGGCGCGCUCUCGUGGACCAAGGCGCGCUCUCGUGGACCAAGGCGCGCUCUCGUGGACCAAGGCGCGCUCUCGUGGACCAAGGCGCGCUCUCGUGGACCAAGGCGCGCUCUCGUGGACCAAGGCGCGCUCUCGUGGACCAAGGCGCGCUCUCGUGGACCAAGGCGCGCUCUCGUGGACCAAGGCGCGCUCUCGUGGACCAAGGCGCGCUCUCGUGGACCAAGGCGCGCUCUCGUGGACCAAGGCGCGCUCUCGUGGACCAAGGCGCGCUCUCGUGGACCAAGGCGCGCUCUCGUGGACCAAGGCGCGCUCUCGUGGACCAAGGCGCGCUCUCGUGGACCAAGGCGCGCUCUCGUGGACCAAGGCGCGCUCUCGUGGACCAAGGCGCGCUCUCGUGGACCAAGGCGCGCUCUCGUGGACCAAGGCGCGCUCUCGUGGACCAAGGCGCGCUCUCGUGGACCAAGGCGCGCUCUCGUGGACCAAGGCGCGCUCUCGUGGACCAAGGCGCGCUCUCGUGGACCAAGGCGCGCUCUCGUGGACCAAGGCGCGCUCUCGUGGACCAAGGCGCGCUCUCGUGGACCAAGGCGCGCUCUCGUGGACCAAGGCGCGCUCUCGUGGACCAAGGCGCGCUCUCGUGGACCAAGGCGCGCUCUCGUGGACCAAGGCGCGCUCUCGUGGACCAAGGCGCGCUCUCGUGGACCAAGGCGCGCUCUCGUGGACCAAGGCGCGCUCUCGUGGACCAAGGCGCGCUCUCGUGGACCAAGGCGCGCUCUCGUGGACCAAGGCGCGCUCUCGUGGACCAAGGCGCGCUCUCGUGGACCAAGGCGCGCUCUCGUGGACCAAGGCGCGCUCUCGUGGACCAAGGCGCGCUCUCGUGGACCAAGGCGCGCUCUCGUGGACCAAGGCGCGCUCUCGUGGACCAAGGCGCGCUCUCGUGGACCAAGGCGCGCUCUCGUGGACCAAGGCGCGCUCUCGUGGACCAAGGCGCGCUCUCGUGGACCAAGGCGCGCUCUCGUGGACCAAGGCGCGCUCUCGUGGACCAAGGCGCGCUCUCGUGGACCAAGGCGCGCUCUCGUGGACCAAGGCGCGCUCUCGUGGACCAAGGCGCGCUCUCGUGGACCAAGGCGCGCUCUCGUGGACCAAGGCGCGCUCUCGUGGACCAAGGCGCGCUCUCGUGGACCAAGGCGCGCUCUCGUGGACCAAGGCGCGCUCUCGUGGACCAAGGCGCGCUCUCGUGGACCAAGGCGCGCUCUCGUGGACCAAGGCGCGCUCUCGUGGACCAAGGCGCGCUCUCGUGGACCAAGGCGCGCUCUCGUGGACCAAGGCGCGCUCUCGUGGACCAAGGCGCGCUCUCGUGGACCAAGGCGCGCUCUCGUGGACCAAGGCGCGCUCUCGUGGACCAAGGCGCGCUCUCGUGGACCAAGGCGCGCUCUCGUGGACCAAGGCGCGCUCUCGUGGACCAAGGCGCGCUCUCGUGGACCAAGGCGCGCUCUCGUGGACCAAGGCGCGCUCUCGUGGACCAAGGCGCGCUCUCGUGGACCAAGGCGCGCUCUCGUGGACCAAGGCGCGCUCUCGUGGACCAAGGCGCGCUCUCGUGGACCAAGGCGCGCUCUCGUGGACCAAGGCGCGCUCUCGUGGACCAAGGCGCGCUCUCGUGGACCAAGGCGCGCUCUCGUGGACCAAGGCGCGCUCUCGUGGACCAAGGCGCGCUCUCGUGGACCAAGGCGCGCUCUCGUGGACCAAGGCGCGCUCUCGUGGACCAAGGCGCGCUCUCGUGGACCAAGGCGCGCUCUCGUGGACCAAGGCGCGCUCUCGUGGACCAAGGCGCGCUCUCGUGGACCAAGGCGCGCUCUCGUGGACCAAGGCGCGCUCUCGUGGACCAAGGCGCGCUCUCGUGGACCAAGGCGCGCUCUCGUGGACCAAGGCGCGCUCUCGUGGACCAAGGCGCGCUCUCGUGGACCAAGGCGCGCUCUCGUGGACCAAGGCGCGCUCUCGUGGACCAAGGCGCGCUCUCGUGGACCAAGGCGCGCUCUCGUGGACCAAGGCGCGCUCUCGUGGACCAAGGCGCGCUCUCGUGGACCAAGGCGCGCUCUCGUGGACCAAGGCGCGCUCUCGUGGACCAAGGCGCGCUCUCGUGGACCAAGGCGCGCUCUCGUGGACCAAGGCGCGCUCUCGUGGACCAAGGCGCGCUCUCGUGGACCAAGGCGCGCUCUCGUGGACCAAGGCGCGCUCUCGUGGACCAAGGCGCGCUCUCGUGGACCAAGGCGCGCUCUCGUGGACCAAGGCGCGCUCUCGUGGACCAAGGCGCGCUCUCGUGGACCAAGGCGCGCUCUCGUGGACCAAGGCGCGCUCUCGUGGACCAAGGCGCGCUCUCGUGGACCAAGGCGCGCUCUCGUGGACCAAGGCGCGCUCUCGUGGACCAAGGCGCGCUCUCGUGGACCAAGGCGCGCUCUCGUGGACCAAGGCGCGCUCUCGUGGACCAAGGGCGGACUCGUGGACCAAGGCGCGCUCUCGUGGACCAAGGCGCGCUCUCGUGGACCAAGGCGCGCUCUCGUGGACCAAGGCGCGCUCUCGUGGACCAAGGCGCGCUCUCGUGGACCAAGGCGCGCUCUCGUGGACCAAGGCGCGCUCUCGUGGACCAAGGCGCGCUCUCGUGGACCAAGGCGCGCUCUCGUGGACCAAGGCGCGCUCUCGUGGACCAAGGCGCGCUCUCGUGGACCAAGGCGCGCUCUCGUGGACCAAGGCGCGCUCUCGUGGACCAAGGCGCGCUCUCGUGGACCAAGGCGCGCUCUCGUGGACCAAGGCGCGCUCUCGUGGACCAAGGCGCGCUCUCGUGGACCAAGGCGCGCUCUCGUGGACCAAGGCGCGCUCUCGUGGACCAAGGCGCGCUCUCGUGGACCAAGGCGCGCUCUCGUGGACCAAGGCGCGCUCUCGUGGACCAAGGCGCGCUCUCGUGGACCAAGGCGCGCUCUCGUGGACCAAGGCGCGCUCUCGUGGACCAAGGCGCGCUCUCGUGGACCAAGGCGCGCUCUCGUGGACCAAGGCGCGCUCUCGUGGACCAAGGCGCGCUCUCGUGGACCAAGGCGCGCUCUCGUGGACCAAGGCGCGCUCUCGUGGACCAAGGCGCGCUCUCGUGGACCAAGGCGCGCUCUCGUGGACCAAGGCGCGCUCUCGUGGACCAAGGCGCGCUCUCGUGGACCAAGGCGCGCUCUCGUGGACCAAGGCGCGCUCGUGGACCAAGGCGCGCUCUCGUGGACCAAGGCGCGCUCUCGUGGACCAAGGCGCGCUCUCGUGGACCAAGGCGCGCUCUCGUGGACCAAGGCGCGCUCUCGUGGACCAAGGCGCGCUCUCGUGGACCAAGGCGCGCUCUCGUGGACCAAGGCGCGCUCUCGUGGACCAAGGCGCGCUCUCGUGGACCAAGGCGCGCUCUCGUGGACCAAGGCGCGCUCUCGUGGACCAAGGCGCGCUCGUGGACCAAGGCGCGCUCUCGUGGACCAAGGCGCGCUCUCGUGGACCAAGGCGCGCUCUCGUGGACCAAGGCGCGCUCUCGUGGACCAAGGCGCGCUCUCGUGGACCAAGGCGCGCUCUCGUGGACCAAGGCGCGCUCUCGUGGACCAAGGCGCGCUCUCGUGGACCAAGGCGCGCUCUCGUGGACCAAGGCGCGCUCUCGUGGACCAAGGCGCGCUCUCGUGGACCAAGGCGCGCUCUCGUGGACCAAGGCGCGCUCUCGUGGACCAAGGCGCGCUCUCGUGGACCAAGGCGCGCUCUCGUGGACCAAGGCGCGCUCUCGUGGACCAAGGCGCGCUCUCGUGGACCAAGGCGCGCUCUCGUGGACCAAGGCGCGCUCUCGUGGACCAAGGCGCGCUCUCGUGGACCAAGGCGCGCUCUCGUGGACCAAGGCGCGCUCUCGUGGACCAAGGCGCGCUCUCGUGGACCAAGGCGCGCUCUCGUGGACCAAGGCGCGCUCUCGUGGACCAAGGCGCGCUCUCGUGGACCAAGGCGCGCUCUCGUGGACCAAGGCGCGCUCUCGUGGACCAAGGCGCGCUCUCGUGGACCAAGGCGCGCUCUCGUGGACCAAGGCGCGCUCUCGUGGACCAAGGCGCGCUCUCGUGGACCAAGGCGCGCUCUCGUGGACCAAGGCGCGCUCUCGUGGACCAAGGCGCGCUCUCGUGGACCAAGGCGCGCUCUCGUGGACCAAGGCGCGCUCUCGUGGACCAAGGCGCGCUCUCGUGGACCAAGGCGCGCUCUCGUGGACCAAGGCGCGCUCUCGUGGACCAAGGCGCGCUCUCGUGGACCAAGGCGCGCUCUCGUGGACCAAGGCGCGCUCUCGUGGACCAAGGCGCGCUCUCGUGGACCAAGGCGCGCUCUCGUGGACCAAGGCGCGCUCUCGUGGACCAAGGCGCGCUCUCGUGGACCAAGGCGCGCUCUCGUGGACCAAGGCGCGCUCUCGUGGACCAAGGCGCGCUCUCGUGGACCAAGGCGCGCUCUCGUGGACCAAGGCGCGCUCUCGUGGACCAAGGCGCGCUCUCGUGGACCAAGGCGCGCUCUCGUGGACCAAGGCGCGCUCUCGUGGACCAAGGCGCGCUCUCGUGGACCAAGGCGCGCUCUCGUGGACCAAGGCGCGCUCUCGUGGACCAAGGCGCGCUCUCGUGGACCAAGGCGCGCUCUCGUGGACCAAGGCGCGCUCUCGUGGACCAAGGCGCGCUCUCGUGGACCAAGGCGCGCUCUCGUGGACCAAGGCGCGCUCUCGUGGACCAAGGCGCGCUCUCGUGGACCAAGGCGCGCUCUCGUGGACCAAGGCGCGCUCUCGUGGACCAAGGCGCGCUCUCGUGGACCAAGGCGCGCUCUCGUGGACCAAGGCGCGCUCUCGUGGACCAAGGCGCGCUCUCGUGGACCAAGGCGCGCUCUCGUGGACCAAGGCGCGCUCUCGUGGACCAAGGCGCGCUCUCGUGGACCAAGGCGCGCUCUCGUGGACCAAGGCGCGCUCUCGUGGACCAAGGCGCGCUCUCGUGGACCAAGGCGCGCUCUCGUGGACCAAGGCGCGCUCUCGUGGACCAAGGCGCGCUCUCGUGGACCAAGGCGCGCUCUCGUGGACCAAGGCGCGCUCUCGUGGACCAAGGCGCGCUCUCGUGGACCAAGGCGCGCUCUCGUGGACCAAGGCGCGCUCUCGUGGACCAAGGCGCGCUCUCGUGGACCAAGGCGCGCUCUCGUGGACCAAGGCGCGCUCUCGUGGACCAAGGCGCGCUCUCGUGGACCAAGGCGCGCUCUCGUGGACCAAGGCGCGCUCUCGUGGACCAAGGCGCGCUCUCGUGGACCAAGGCGCGCUCUCGUGGACCAAGGCGCGCUCUCGUGGACCAAGGCGCGCUCUCGUGGACCAAGGCGCGCUCUCGUGGACCAAGGCGCGCUCUCGUGGACCAAGGCGCGCUCUCGUGGACCAAGGCGCGCUCUCGUGGACCAAGGCGCGCUCUCGUGGACCAAGGCGCGCUCUCGUGGACCAAGGCGCGCUCUCGUGGACCAAGGCGCGCUCUCGUGGACCAAGGCGCGCUCUCGUGGACCAAGGCGCGCUCUCGUGGACCAAGGCGCGCUCUCGUGGACCAAGGCGCGCUCUCGUGGACCAAGGCGCGCUCUCGUGGACCAAGGCGCGCUCUCGUGGACCAAGGCGCGCUCUCGUGGACCAAGGCGCGCUCUCGUGGACCAAGGCGCGCUCUCGUGGACCAAGGCGCGCUCUCGUGGACCAAGGCGCGCUCUCGUGGACCAAGGCGCGCUCUCGUGGACCAAGGCGCGCUCUCGUGGACCAAGGCGCGCUCUCGUGGACCAAGGCGCGCUCUCGUGGACCAAGGCGCGCUCUCGUGGACCAAGGCGCGCUCUCGUGGACCAAGGCGCGCUCUCGUGGACCAAGGCGCGCUCUCGUGGACCAAGGCGCGCUCUCGUGGACCAAGGCGCGCUCUCGUGGACCAAGGCGCGCUCUCGUGGACCAAGGCGCGCUCUCGUGGACCAAGGCGCGCUCUCGUGGACCAAGGCGCGCUCUCGUGGACCAAGGCGCGCUCUCGUGGACCAAGGCGCGCUCUCGUGGACCAAGGCGCGCUCUCGUGGACCAAGGCGCGCUCUCGUGGACCAAGGCGCGCUCUCGUGGACCAAGGCGCGCUCUCGUGGACCAAGGCGCGCUCUCGUGGACCAAGGCGCGCUCUCGUGGACCAAGGCGCGCUCUCGUGGACCAAGGCGCGCUCUCGUGGACCAAGGCGCGCUCUCGUGGACCAAGGCGCGCUCUCGUGGACCAAGGCGCGCUCUCGUGGACCAAGGCGCGCUCUCGUGGACCAAGGCGCGCUCUCGUGGACCAAGGCGCGCUCUCGUGGACCAAGGCGCGCUCUCGUGGACCAAGGCGCGCUCUCGUGGACCAAGGCGCGCUCUCGUGGACCAAGGCGCGCUCUCGUGGACCAAGGCGCGCUCUCGUGGACCAAGGCGCGCUCUCGUGGACCAAGGCGCGCUCUCGUGGACCAAGGCGCGCUCUCGUGGACCAAGGCGCGCUCUCGUGGACCAAGGCGCGCUCUCGUGGACCAAGGCGCGCUCUCGUGGACCAAGGCGCGCUCUCGUGGACCAAGGCGCGCUCUCGUGGACCAAGGCGCGCUCUCGUGGACCAAGGCGCGCUCUCGUGGACCAAGGCGCGCUCUCGUGGACCAAGGCGCGCUCUCGUGGACCAAGGCGCGCUCUCGUGGACCAAGGCGCGCUCUCGUGGACCAAGGCGCGCUCUCGUGGACCAAGGCGCGCUCUCGUGGACCAAGGCGCGCUCUCGUGGACCAAGGCGCGCUCUCGUGGACCAAGGCGCGCUCUCGUGGACCAAGGCGCGCUCUCGUGGACCAAGGCGGACUCGUGGACCAAGGCGCGCUCUCGUGGACCAAGGCGCGCUCUCGUGGACCAAGGCGCGCUCUCGUGGACCAAGGCGCGCUCUCGUGGACCAAGGCGCGCUCUCGUGGACCAAGGCGCGCUCUCGUGGACCAAGGCGCGCUCUCGUGGACCAAGGCGCGCUCUCGUGGACCAAGGCGCGCUCUCGUGGACCAAGGCGCGCUCUCGUGGACCAAGGCGCGCUCUCGUGGACCAAGGCGCGCUCUCGUGGACCAAGGCGCGCUCUCGUGGACCAAGGCGCGCUCUCGUGGACCAAGGCGCGCUCUCGUGGACCAAGGCGCGCUCUCGUGGACCAAGGCGCGCUCUCGUGGACCAAGGCGCGCUCUCGUGGACCAAGGCGCGCUCUCGUGGACCAAGGCGCGCUCUCGUGGACCAAGGCGCGCUCUCGUGGACCAAGGCGCGCUCUCGUGGACCAAGGCGCGCUCUCGUGGACCAAGGCGCGCUCUCGUGGACCAAGGCGCGCUCUCGUGGACCAAGGCGCGCUCUCGUGGACCAAGGCGCGCUCUCGUGGACCAAGGCGCGCUCUCGUGGACCAAGGCGCGCUCUCGUGGACCAAGGCGCGCUCUCGUGGACCAAGGCGCGCUCUCGUGGACCAAGGCGCGCUCUCGUGGACCAAGGCGCGCUCUCGUGGACCAAGGCGCGCUCUCGUGGACCAAGGCGCGCUCUCGUGGACCAAGGCGCGCUCUCGUGGACCAAGGCGCGCUCUCGUGGACCAAGGCGCGCUCUCGUGGACCAAGGCGCGCUCUCGUGGACCAAGGCGCGCUCUCGUGGACCAAGGCGCGCUCUCGUGGACCAAGGCGCGCUCUCGUGGACCAAGGCGCGCUCUCGUGGACCAAGGCGCGCUCUCGUGGACCAAGGCGCGCUCUCGUGGACCAAGGCGCGCUCUCGUGGACCAAGGCGCGCUCUCGUGGACCAAGGCGCGCUCUCGUGGACCAAGGCGCGCUCUCGUGGACCAAGGCGCGCUCUCGUGGACCAAGGCGCGCUCUCGUGGACCAAGGCGCGCUCUCGUGGACCAAGGCGCGCUCUCGUGGACCAAGGCGCGCUCUCGUGGACCAAGGCGCGCUCUCGUGGACCAAGGCGCGGACUCGUGGACCAAGGCGCGCUCGUGGACCAAGGCGCGCUCUCGUGGACCAAGGCGCGCUCUCGUGGACCAAGGCGCGCUCUCGUGGACCAAGGCGCGCUCUCGUGGACCAAGGCGCGCUCUCGUGGACCAAGGCGCGCUCUCGUGGACCAAGGCGCGCUCUCGUGGACCAAGGCGCGCUCUCGUGGACCAAGGCGCGCUCUCGUGGACCAAGGCGCGCUCUCGUGGACCAAGGCGCGCUCUCGUGGACCAAGGCGCGCUCUCGUGGACCAAGGCGCGGACUCGCGCGCUCUCGUGGACCAAGGCGCGCUCUCGUGGACCAAGGCGCGCUCUCGUGGACCAAGGCGCGCUCUCGUGGACCAAGGCGCGCUCUCGUGGACCAAGGCGCGCUCUCGUGGACCAAGGCGCGCUCUCGUGGACCAAGGCGCGCUCUCGUGGACCAAGGCGCGCUCUCGUGGACCAAGGCGCGCUCUCGUGGACCAAGGCGCGCUCUCGUGGACCAAGGCGCGCUCUCGUGGACCAAGGCGCGCUCUCGUGGACCAAGGCGCGCUCUCGUGGACCAAGGCGCGCUCUCGUGGACCAAGGCGCGCUCUCGUGGACCAAGGCGCGCUCUCGUGGACCAAGGCGCGCUCUCGUGGACCAAGGCGCGCUCUCGUGGACCAAGGCGCGCUCUCGUGGACCAAGGCGCGCUCUCGUGGACCAAGGCGCGCUCUCGUGGACCAAGGCGCGCUCUCGUGGACCAAGGCGCGCUCUCGUGGACCAAGGCGCGCUCUCGUGGACCAAGGCGCGCUCUCGUGGACCAAGGCGCGCUCUCGUGGACCAAGGCGCGCUCUCGUGGACCAAGGCGCGCUCUCGUGGACCAAGGCGCGCUCUCGUGGACCAAGGCGCGCUCUCGUGGACCAAGGCGCGCUCUCGUGGACCAAGGCGCGCUCUCGUGGACCAAGGCGCGCUCUCGUGGACCAAGGCGCGCUCUCGUGGACCAAGGCGCGCUCUCGUGGACCAAGGCGCGCUCUCGUGGACCAAGGCGCGCUCUCGUGGACCAAGGCGCGCUCUCGUGGACCAAGGCGCGCUCUCGUGGACCAAGGCGCGCUCUCGUGGACCAAGGCGCGCUCUCGUGGACCAAGGCGCGCUCUCGUGGACCAAGGCGCGCUCUCGUGGACCAAGGCGCGCUCUCGUGGACCAAGGCGCGCUCUCGUGGACCAAGGCGCGCUCUCGUGGACCAAGGCGCGCUCUCGUGGACCAAGGCGCGCUCUCGUGGACCAAGGCGCGCUCUCGUGGACCAAGGCGCGCUCUCGUGGACCAAGGCGCGCUCUCGUGGACCAAGGCGCGCUCUCGUGGACCAAGGCGCGCUCUCGUGGACCAAGGCGCGCUCUCGUGGACCAAGGCGCGCUCUCGUGGACCAAGGCGCGCUCUCGUGGACCAAGGCGCGCUCUCGUGGACCAAGGCGCGCUCUCGUGGACCAAGGCGCGCUCUCGUGGACCAAGGCGCGCUCUCGUGGACCAAGGCGCGCUCUCGUGGACCAAGGGCGGACUCGUGGACCAAGGCGCGCUCGUGGACCAAGGCGCGCUCUCGUGGACCAAGGCGCGCUCUCGUGGACCAAGGCGCGCUCUCGUGGACCAAGGCGCGCUCUCGUGGACCAAGGCGCGCUCUCGUGGACCAAGGCGCGCUCUCGUGGACCAAGGCGCGCUCUCGUGGACCAAGGCGCGCUCUCGUGGACCAAGGCGCGCUCUCGUGGACCAAGGCGCGCUCUCGUGGACCAAGGCGCGCUCUCGUGGACCAAGGCGCGCUCUCGUGGACCAAGGCGCGCUCUCGUGGACCAAGGCGCGCUCUCGUGGACCAAGGCGCGCUCUCGUGGACCAAGGCGCGCUCUCGUGGACCAAGGCGCGCUCUCGUGGACCAAGGCGCGCUCUCGUGGACCAAGGCGCGCUCUCGUGGACCAAGGCGCGCUCUCGUGGACCAAGGCGCGCUCUCGUGGACCAAGGCGCGCUCUCGUGGACCAAGGCGCGCUCUCGUGGACCAAGGCGCGCUCUCGUGGACCAAGGCGCGCUCUCGUGGACCAAGGCGCGCUCUCGUGGACCAAGGCGCGCUCUCGUGGACCAAGGCGCGCUCUCGUGGACCAAGGCGCGCUCUCGUGGACCAAGGCGCGCUCUCGUGGACCAAGGCGCGCUCUCGUGGACCAAGGCGCGCUCUCGUGGACCAAGGCGCGCUCUCGUGGACCAAGGCGCGCUCUCGUGGACCAAGGCGCGCUCUCGUGGACCAAGGCGCGCUCUCGUGGACCAAGGCGCGCUCUCGUGGACCAAGGCGCGCUCUCGUGGACCAAGGCGCGCUCUCGUGGACCAAGGCGCGCUCUCGUGGACCAAGGCGCGCUCUCGUGGACCAAGGCGCGCUCUCGUGGACCAAGGCGCGCUCUCGUGGACCAAGGCGCGCUCUCGUGGACCAAGGCGCGCUCUCGUGGACCAAGGCGCGCUCUCGUGGACCAAGGCGCGCUCUCGUGGACCAAGGCGCGCUCUCGUGGACCAAGGCGCGCUCUCGUGGACCAAGGCGCGCUCUCGUGGACCAAGGCGCGCUCUCGUGGACCAAGGCGCGCUCUCGUGGACCAAGGCGCGCUCUCGUGGACCAAGGCGCGCUCUCGUGGACCAAGGCGCGCUCUCGUGGACCAAGGCGCGCUCUCGUGGACCAAGGCGCGCUCUCGUGGACCAAGGCGCGCUCUCGUGGACCAAGGCGCGCUCUCGUGGACCAAGGCGCGCUCUCGUGGACCAAGGCGCGCUCUCGUGGACCAAGGCGCGCUCUCGUGGACCAAGGCGCGCUCUCGUGGACCAAGGCGCGCUCUCGUGGACCAAGGCGCGCUCUCGUGGACCAAGGCGCGCUCUCGUGGACCAAGGCGCGCUCUCGUGGACCAAGGCGCGCUCUCGUGGACCAAGGCGCGCUCUCGUGGACCAAGGCGCGCUCUCGUGGACCAAGGCGCGCUCUCGUGGACCAAGGCGCGCUCUCGUGGACCAAGGCGCGCUCUCGUGGACCAAGGCGCGCUCUCGUGGACCAAGGCGCGCUCUCGUGGACCAAGGCGCGCUCUCGUGGACCAAGGCGCGCUCUCGUGGACCAAGGCGCGCUCUCGUGGACCAAGGCGCGCUCUCGUGGACCAAGGCGCGCUCUCGUGGACCAAGGCGCGCUCUCGUGGACCAAGGCGCGCUCUCGUGGACCAAGGCGCGCUCUCGUGGACCAAGGCGCGCUCUCGUGGACCAAGGCGCGCUCUCGUGGACCAAGGCGCGCUCUCGUGGACCAAGGCGCGCUCUCGUGGACCAAGGCGCGCUCUCGUGGACCAAGGCGCGCUCUCGUGGACCAAGGCGCGCUCUCGUGGACCAAGGCGCGCUCUCGUGGACCAAGGCGCGCUCUCGUGGACCAAGGCGCGCUCUCGUGGACCAAGGCGCGCUCUCGUGGACCAAGGCGCGCUCUCGUGGACCAAGGCGCGCUCUCGUGGACCAAGGCGCGCUCUCGUGGACCAAGGCGCGCUCUCGUGGACCAAGGCGCGCUCUCGUGGACCAAGGCGCGCUCUCGUGGACCAAGGCGCGCUCUCGUGGACCAAGGCGCGCUCUCGUGGACCAAGGCGCGCUCUCGUGGACCAAGGCGCGCUCUCGUGGACCAAGGCGCGCUCUCGUGGACCAAGGCGCGCUCUCGUGGACCAAGGCGCGCUCUCGUGGACCAAGGCGCGCUCUCGUGGACCAAGGCGCGCUCUCGUGGACCAAGGCGCGCUCUCGUGGACCAAGGCGCGCUCUCGUGGACCAAGGCGCGCUCUCGUGGACCAAGGCGCGCUCUCGUGGACCAAGGCGCGCUCUCGUGGACCAAGGCGCGCUCUCGUGGACCAAGGCGCGCUCUCGUGGACCAAGGCGCGCUCUCGUGGACCAAGGCGCGCUCUCGUGGACCAAGGCGCGCUCUCGUGGACCAAGGCGCGCUCUCGUGGACCAAGGCGCGCUCUCGUGGACCAAGGCGCGCUCUCGUGGACCAAGGCGCGCUCUCGUGGACCAAGGCGCGCUCUCGUGGACCAAGGCGCGCUCUCGUGGACCAAGGCGCGCUCUCGUGGACCAAGGCGCGCUCUCGUGGACCAAGGCGCGCUCUCGUGGACCAAGGCGCGCUCUCGUGGACCAAGGCGCGCUCUCGUGGACCAAGGCGCGCUCUCGUGGACCAAGGCGCGCUCUCGUGGACCAAGGCGCGCUCUCGUGGACCAAGGCGCGCUCUCGUGGACCAAGGCGCGCUCUCGUGGACCAAGGCGCGCUCUCGUGGACCAAGGCGCGCUCUCGUGGACCAAGGCGCGCUCUCGUGGACCAAGGCGCGCUCUCGUGGACCAAGGCGCGCUCUCGUGGACCAAGGCGCGCUCUCGUGGACCAAGGCGCGCUCUCGUGGACCAAGGCGCGCUCUCGUGGACCAAGGCGCGCUCUCGUGGACCAAGGCGCGCUCUCGUGGACCAAGGCGCGCUCUCGUGGACCAAGGCGCGCUCUCGUGGACCAAGGCGCGCUCUCGUGGACCAAGGCGCGCUCUCGUGGACCAAGGCGCGCUCUCGUGGACCAAGGCGCGCUCUCGUGGACCAAGGCGCGCUCUCGUGGACCAAGGCGCGCUCUCGUGGACCAAGGCGCGCUCUCGUGGACCAAGGCGCGCUCUCGUGGACCAAGGCGCGCUCUCGUGGACCAAGGCGCGCUCUCGUGGACCAAGGCGCGCUCUCGUGGACCAAGGCGCGCUCUCGUGGACCAAGGCGCGCUCUCGUGGACCAAGGCGCGCUCUCGUGGACCAAGGCGCGCUCUCGUGGACCAAGGCGCGCUCUCGUGGACCAAGGCGCGCUCUCGUGGACCAAGGCGCGCUCUCGUGGACCAAGGCGCGCUCUCGUGGACCAAGGCGCGCUCUCGUGGACCAAGGCGCGCUCUCGUGGACCAAGGCGCGCUCUCGUGGACCAAGGCGCGCUCUCGUGGACCAAGGCGCGCUCUCGUGGACCAAGGCGCGCUCUCGUGGACCAAGGCGCGCUCUCGUGGACCAAGGCGCGCUCUCGUGGACCAAGGCGCGCUCUCGUGGACCAAGGGCGGACUCGUGGACCAAGGCGCGCUCUCGUGGACCAAGGCGCGCUCUCGUGGACCAAGGCGCGCUCUCGUGGACCAAGGCGCGCUCUCGUGGACCAAGGCGCGCUCUCGUGGACCAAGGCGCGCUCUCGUGGACCAAGGCGCGCUCUCGUGGACCAAGGCGCGCUCUCGUGGACCAAGGCGCGCUCUCGUGGACCAAGGCGCGCUCUCGUGGACCAAGGCGCGCUCUCGUGGACCAAGGCGCGCUCUCGUGGACCAAGGCGCGCUCUCGUGGACCAAGGCGCGCUCUCGUGGACCAAGGCGCGCUCUCGUGGACCAAGGCGCGCUCUCGUGGACCAAGGCGCGCUCUCGUGGACCAAGGCGCGCUCUCGUGGACCAAGGCGGACUCGUGGACCAAGGCGCGCUCGUGGACCAAGGCGCGCUCUCGUGGACCAAGGCGCGCUCUCGUGGACCAAGGCGCGCUCUCGUGGACCAAGGCGCGCUCUCGUGGACCAAGGCGCGCUCUCGUGGACCAAGGCGCGCUCUCGUGGACCAAGGCGCGCUCUCGUGGACCAAGGCGCGCUCUCGUGGACCAAGGCGCGCUCUCGUGGACCAAGGCGCGCUCUCGUGGACCAAGGCGCGCUCUCGUGGACCAAGGCGCGCUCUCGUGGACCAAGGCGCGCUCUCGUGGACCAAGGCGCGCUCUCGUGGACCAAGGCGCGCUCUCGUGGACCAAGGCGCGCUCUCGUGGACCAAGGCGCGCUCUCGUGGACCAAGGCGCGCUCUCGUGGACCAAGGCGCGCUCUCGUGGACCAAGGCGCGCUCUCGUGGACCAAGGCGCGCUCUCGUGGACCAAGGCGCGCUCUCGUGGACCAAGGCGCGCUCUCGUGGACCAAGGCGCGCUCUCGUGGACCAAGGCGCGCUCUCGUGGACCAAGGCGCGCUCUCGUGGACCAAGGCGCGCUCUCGUGGACCAAGGCGCGCUCUCGUGGACCAAGGCGCGCUCUCGUGGACCAAGGCGCGCUCGUGGACCAAGGCGCGCUCUCGUGGACCAAGGCGCGCUCUCGUGGACCAAGGCGCGCUCUCGUGGACCAAGGCGCGCUCUCGUGGACCAAGGCGCGCUCUCGUGGACCAAGGCGCGCUCUCGUGGACCAAGGCGCGCUCUCGUGGACCAAGGCGCGCUCUCGUGGACCAAGGCGCGCUCUCGUGGACCAAGGCGCGCUCUCGUGGACCAAGGCGCGCUCUCGUGGACCAAGGCGCGCUCUCGUGGACCAAGGCGCGCUCUCGUGGACCAAGGCGCGCUCGUGGACCAAGGCGCGCUCUCGUGGACCAAGGCGCGCUCUCGUGGACCAAGGCGCGCUCUCGUGGACCAAGGCGCGCUCUCGUGGACCAAGGCGCGCUCUCGUGGACCAAGGCGCGCUCUCGUGGACCAAGGCGCGCUCUCGUGGACCAAGGCGCGCUCUCGUGGACCAAGGCGCGCUCUCGUGGACCAAGGCGCGCUCUCGUGGACCAAGGCGCGCUCUCGUGGACCAAGGCGCGCUCUCGUGGACCAAGGCGCGCUCUCGUGGACCAAGGCGCGCUCUCGUGGACCAAGGCGCGCUCUCGUGGACCAAGGCGCGCUCUCGUGGACCAAGGCGCGCUCUCGUGGACCAAGGCGCGCUCUCGUGGACCAAGGCGCGCUCUCGUGGACCAAGGCGCGCUCUCGUGGACCAAGGCGCGCUCUCGUGGACCAAGGCGCGCUCUCGUGGACCAAGGCGCGCUCUCGUGGACCAAGGCGCGCUCUCGUGGACCAAGGCGCGCUCUCGUGGACCAAGGCGCGCUCGUGGACCAAGGCGCGCUCUCGUGGACCAAGGCGCGCUCUCGUGGACCAAGGCGCGCUCUCGUGGACCAAGGCGCGCUCUCGUGGACCAAGGCGCGCUCUCGUGGACCAAGGCGCGCUCUCGUGGACCAAGGCGCGCUCUCGUGGACCAAGGCGCGCUCUCGUGGACCAAGGCGCGCUCUCGUGGACCAAGGCGCGCUCUCGUGGACCAAGGCGCGCUCUCGUGGACCAAGGCGCGCUCUCGUGGACCAAGGCGCGCUCUCGUGGACCAAGGCGCGCUCUCGUGGACCAAGGCGCGCUCGUGGACCAAGGCGCGCUCUCGUGGACCAAGGCGCGCUCUCGUGGACCAAGGCGCGCUCUCGUGGACCAAGGCGCGCUCUCGUGGACCAAGGCGCGCUCUCGUGGACCAAGGCGCGCUCUCGUGGACCAAGGCGCGCUCUCGUGGACCAAGGCGCGCUCUCGUGGACCAAGGCGCGCUCUCGUGGACCAAGGCGCGCUCUCGUGGACCAAGGCGCGCUCUCGUGGACCAAGGCGCGCUCUCGUGGACCAAGGCGCGCUCUCGUGGACCAAGGCGCGCUCUCGUGGACCAAGGCGCGCUCUCGUGGACCAAGGCGCGCUCUCGUGGACCAAGGCGCGCUCUCGUGGACCAAGGCGCGCUCUCGUGGACCAAGGCGCGCUCUCGUGGACCAAGGCGCGCUCUCGUGGACCAAGGCGCGCUCUCGUGGACCAAGGCGCGCUCUCGUGGACCAAGGCGCGCUCUCGUGGACCAAGGCGCGCUCUCGUGGACCAAGGCGCGCUCUCGUGGACCAAGGCGCGCUCUCGUGGACCAAGGCGCGGACUCGUGGACCAAGGCGCGCUCGUGGACCAAGGCGCGCUCUCGUGGACCAAGGCGCGCUCUCGUGGACCAAGGCGCGCUCUCGUGGACCAAGGCGCGCUCUCGUGGACCAAGGCGCGCUCUCGUGGACCAAGGCGCGCUCUCGUGGACCAAGGCGCGCUCUCGUGGACCAAGGCGCGCUCUCGUGGACCAAGGCGCGCUCUCGUGGACCAAGGCGCGCUCUCGUGGACGAAUACGCGCUCUCGUGGACCAAGGCGCGCUCUCGUGGACCAAGGCGCGCUCUCGUGGACCAAGGCGCGCUCUCGUGGACCAAGGCGCGCUCUCGUGGACCAAGGCGCGCUCUCGUGGACCAAGGCGCGCUCUCGUGGACCAAGGCGCGCUCUCGUGGACCAAGGCGCGCUCUCGUGGACCAAGGCGCGCUCUCGUGGACCAAGGCGCGCUCUCGUGGACCAAGGCGCGCUCUCGUGGACCAAGGCGCGCUCUCGUGGACCAAGGCGCGCUCUCGUGGACCAAGGCGCGCUCUCGUGGACCAAGGCGCGCUCUCGUGGACCAAGGCGCGCUCUCGUGGACCAAGGCGCGCUCUCGUGGACCAAGGCGCGCUCGUGGACCAAGGCGCGCUCUCGUGGACCAAGGCGCGCUCUCGUGGACCAAGGCGCGCUCUCGUGGACCAAGGCGCGCUCUCGUGGACCAAGGCGCGCUCUCGUGGACCAAGGCGCGCUCUCGUGGACCAAGGCGCGCUCUCGUGGACCAAGGCGCGCUCUCGUGGACCAAGGCGCGCUCUCGUGGACCAAGGCGCGCUCUCGUGGACCAAGGCGCGCUCUCGUGGACCAAGGCGCGCUCUCGUGGACCAAGGCGCGCUCUCGUGGACCAAGGCGCGCUCUCGUGGACCAAGGCGCGCUCUCGUGGACCAAGGCGCGCUCUCGUGGACCAAGGCGCGCUCUCGUGGACCAAGGCGCGCUCUCGUGGACCAAGGCGCGCUCUCGUGGACCAAGGCGCGCUCUCGUGGACCAAGGCGCGCUCUCGUGGACCAAGGCGCGCUCUCGUGGACCAAGGCGCGCUCUCGUGGACCAAGGCGCGCUCUCGUGGACCAAGGCGCGCUCUCGUGGACCAAGGCGCGCUCUCGUGGACCAAGGCGCGCUCUCGUGGACCAAGGCGCGCUCUCGUGGACCAAGGCGCGCUCUCGUGGACCAAGGCGCGCUCUCGUGGACCAAGGCGCGCUCUCGUGGACCAAGGCGCGCUCUCGUGGACCAAGGCGCGCUCUCGUGGACCAAGGCGCGCUCUCGUGGACCAAGGCGCGCUCUCGUGGACCAAGGCGCGCUCUCGUGGACCAAGGCGCGCUCUCGUGGACCAAGGCGCGCUCUCGUGGACCAAGGCGCGCUCUCGUGGACCAAGGCGCGCUCUCGUGGACCAAGGCGCGCUCUCGUGGACCAAGGCGCGCUCUCGUGGACCAAGGCGCGCUCUCGUGGACCAAGGCGCGCUCUCGUGGACCAAGGCGCGCUCUCGUGGACCAAGGCGCGCUCUCGUGGACCAAGGCGCGCUCUCGUGGACCAAGGCGCGCUCUCGUGGACCAAGGCGCGCUCUCGUGGACCAAGGCGCGCUCUCGUGGACCAAGGCGCGCUCUCGUGGACCAAGGCGCGCUCUCGUGGACCAAGGCGCGCUCUCGUGGACCAAGGCGCGCUCUCGUGGACCAAGGCGCGCUCUCGUGGACCAAGGCGCGCUCUCGUGGACCAAGGCGCGCUCUCGUGGACCAAGGCGCGCUCUCGUGGACCAAGGCGCGCUCUCGUGGACCAAGGCGCGCUCUCGUGGACCAAGGCGCGCUCUCGUGGACCAAGGCGCGCUCUCGUGGACCAAGGCGCGCUCUCGUGGACCAAGGCGCGCUCUCGUGGACCAAGGCGCGCUCUCGUGGACCAAGGCGCGCUCUCGUGGACCAAGGCGCGCUCUCGUGGACCAAGGCGCGCUCGUGGACCAAGGCGCGCUCUCGUGGACCAAGGCGCGCUCUCGUGGACCAAGGCGCGCUCUCGUGGACCAAGGCGCGCUCUCGUGGACCAAGGCGCGCUCUCGUGGACCAAGGCGCGCUCUCGUGGACCAAGGCGCGCUCUCGUGGACCAAGGCGCGCUCUCGUGGACCAAGGCGCGCUCUCGUGGACCAAGGCGCGCUCUCGUGGACCAAGGCGCGCUCUCGUGGACCAAGGCGCGCUCUCGUGGACCAAGGCGCGCUCUCGUGGACCAAGGCGCGCUCUCGUGGACCAAGGCGCGCUCUCGUGGACCAAGGCGCGCUCUCGUGGACCAAGGCGCGCUCUCGUGGACCAAGGCGCGCUCUCGUGGACCAAGGCGCGCUCUCGUGGACCAAGGCGCGCUCUCGUGGACCAAGGCGCGCUCUCGUGGACCAAGGCGCGCUCUCGUGGACCAAGGCGCGCUCUCGUGGACCAAGGCGCGCUCUCGUGGACCAAGGCGCGCUCUCGUGGACCAAGGCGCGCUCUCGUGGACCAAGGCGCGCUCUCGUGGACCAAGGCGCGCUCUCGUGGACCAAGGUGCGGACUCGUGGACCAAGGCGCGCUCUCGUGGACCAAGGCGCGCUCUCGUGGACCAAGGCGCGCUCUCGUGGACCAAGGCGCGCUCUCGUGGACCAAGGCGCGCUCUCGUGGACCAAGGCGCGCUCUCGUGGACCAAGGCGCGCUCUCGUGGACCAAGGCGCGCUCUCGUGGACCAAGGCGCGCUCUCGUGGACCAAGGCGCGCUCUCGUGGACCAAGGCGCGCUCUCGUGGACCAAGGCGCGCUCUCGUGGACCAAGGCGCGCUCUCGUGGACCAAGGCGCGCUCUCGUGGACCAAGGCGCGCUCUCGUGGACCAAGGCGCGCUCUCGUGGACCAAGGCGCGCUCUCGUGGACCAAGGCGCGCUCUCGUGGACCAAGGCGCGCUCUCGUGGACCAAUACGCGCUCUCGUGGACCAAGGCGCGCUCUCGUGGACCAAGGCGCGCUCUCGUGGACCAAGGCGCGCUCUCGUGGACCAAGGCGCGCUCUCGUGGACCAAGGCGCGCUCUCGUGGACCAAGGCGCGCUCUCGUGGACCAAGGCGCGCUCUCGUGGACCAAGGCGCGGACUCGUGGACCAAGGUGCGGACUCGUGGACCAAGGCGCGCUCUCGUGGACCAAGGCGCGCUCUCGUGGACCAAGGCGCGCUCUCGUGGACCAAGGCGCGCUCUCGUGGACCAAGGCGCGCUCUCGUGGACCAAGGCGCGCUCUCGUGGACCAAGGCGCGCUCUCGUGGACCAAGGCGCGCUCUCGUGGACCAAGGCGCGCUCUCGUGGACCAAGGCGCGCUCUCGUGGACCAAGGCGCGCUCUCGUGGACCAAGGCGCGGACUCGUGGACCAAGGUGCGGACUCGUGGACCAAGGCGCGCUCUCGUGGACCAAGGCGCGCUCUCGUGGACCAAGGCGCGCUCUCGUGGACCAAGGCGCGCUCUCGUGGACCAAGGCGCGCUCUCGUGGACCAAGGCGCGCUCUCGUGGACCAAGGCGCGCUCUCGUGGACCAAGGCGCCACCACUUAGCGCCCAACUUAGCGCCCCCCCUUAGCGCCCCCCCUUAG